AAGCGCGGGGCGGCGGCGCGGGGCCGCAGUCGCGGCGGGGCCAUGACCGGGCGGCAGGGCUGGUGCGCGGUGCUGGACGUGCGGCCCCACGGCCAGAGCCCGGAGAGCGUGAAGGUGCUGAGGCUGACGCUGCCGAAUGACCUGCCAGGUGACAGGCAGGUGAAGCAGAAGCCAGUGGGAAAAGCCUUCGCCAUGGUGGCCAACAGGUCGAGCAACGGUCACUCGCUGGCGUCCGAGUGCAUCAAGUCCAACGACGGCGAUGAGGAGAUCAUUAAGGUUUAUCUCAAGGCGAGGGCCGAGGGCGGUGUGAACCACGAGGAGCACGUCAGCCAGCUGAAAAGCGAAGUUCGUUACAUCCAAGAGGCUAGAAGUUCUUUGAAGAAGCUGCGGGAAGACUUAAGUAGUAAACUUGAGAACAGACAAGGAGAUAAACAGCAUGCACAGGUGGUGCUGGAGAAGCAGAACGGGAGCUGGCUGCACCCCGAGAGUCCCCGCGCUGAUUCCUGGGAGGACCAGGAGGAGGAUUAUUCGGGAGACGAUGUGGAAAAGAUCCGACAGACAGCGAAGAGGCUGUUCACGAAGCUGCAGGAGGCUGAGAAGCGCCAUCAGUUGGAGAAGAAGGACCUUGAGAGGGCGGUCUCGCAGUACCAGGAGGAAGCCGAGCAAACAAGCUCUGCCCUGCGGAGAGCGGAGAAGAGCGUGCUGGAGAAGGAGGUGCAGGUGGAUGAGCUGCAGCGGCUGCUGGCAGGGAUGGAGAAGGAGCACAGGAGCUUGCUGCUGAAGAUGAAAGAAGGCGAAGCGGAGCUGGCGAGGCUGAGGAGCGCGGAAGGUGACAGACUCGCCGAACAAGACCGGUCAGCCAAGCUGGAGAAGGAGGUGGCCAUGCUGCGGGAGAAGAUCCACCACCUGGACGACAUGCUGAAGAGCCAGCAGCGCAAGGUCCGCCAGAUGAUCGAGCAGCUCCAGAACUCCAAAACGGUGAUUCAGGCCAAAGAUGCUGUGAUCCAGGAGCUCAAGGAGAAGGUCGCUUACUUGGAGGCUGAGAACCUGGAGAUGCACGACCGCAUAGAGCACUUGAUUGAGAAGCAAGUGAGUCGGGGUGGCCACAGCUCCAGAGCGCGCUCCAAGUCGGAGUACGUGAGCAGCAAAAGGCUGUCGGGCCCCAAGCCGCUGCCUCUCAUUCGAGUGGUGGAAACAUGAGUUUCGAGGGCCAGAGCGAGCUGAAGACUCUCCCCUUGUUAUCCUUGACCGGACUUCCCUGCUUGACUGCCAUUUUCUGGCCUCUGUGCUCAGUCUGCCCUGGACCCGCCAGCAGAGGGCUGUGCCCCGGAGCACCGCGGCACCUGAGGACAGACACAGCCAGGGCGGUGCUGGCAGAGGAAGGAGAUCUACAAGGUGUCCACGCUGCUGUCCCACGGGGUCCCACAGCCAUGUGGAGGCCAGUCUGGAGGCUGGCUUGGCUAGGGAAACCGAGGCCAUGUGGCCCCGGCAUGGACGAGGUGGCUCCCUGGCUGGAGAGCCAGGCUCGCUUUCCCUGCCCAGUCCUGGGUUUGCCGGGGCUGCUCCGUGAGCAGCCGUUGCUUCUGAAGGGUCUUGUCCAAACAGCGCCGCCUCUUCACAUUGCAGCUUGCCAACGUGGACUUGGUGUUCAAUCUGUUUUUAAGAAACAAAGCAAAGAUUCACUCUUACAAAGAAGAAAGAAAUCCUCCUGAAACAGGACUCCUUCCUACAAAACAAGCCCAAUGCGUGACCAGUUGGGAGCCUCCACCUCUGAUCUCCAGCACAUCUGGCUGCUCCGGACUUGGCAAAGGUUCGUGUGGCCGAAAUCACUGUAUCGACAUGCUUCUCCCAGUCCCUCUCUCAAGAGUGUAGAGAAAUUGUGCCCCAUGUACAUCUAACGUUUAAACCCAGAGGCGGUUUGGGUUGUCCCUGUAUUUAUUUCAAUAAAUUAUUGGUGUCUUCCAAUGAUGUGGUGACAGGCACGAUUGCUGCUGUCCAGCUCCGGGGGAGCGUGUUUGAGGACUGCCUGUCCCACGUUUGAACUGGAAAAUACCAACCAGCUUCCUCUGGG